AUGUCCGGCUCUAAGACCCCACGCUCGGAACUUUCAUUGGUGGAAGAGCCACGCCAUGCGAGGGGCGGACACAUGGCCCGUUCAGCUCCGAAUACCCCUUCGCCCGCCCCGCCAAAUCCCAAGAAGGACCCUCAAACGCCGCAGAUCAGCCCACUGGAGAAAAGAUUACAGGACAUGGGCUCCAUUCGGGUAGAUGGAAGCGAUAAGUUCUUUGGUAUGGAAAAUUAUGGAAACACCUGCUACUGCAAUUCGAUCCUCCAAUGUCUCUACUACUCCGUUCCUUUCCGCGAAGCCGUGAUCAACUAUCCCCAACGAACCCCAGUCGAGAGCAUCGAAGCCGCGCUCGCUCAAAACUUGCGAUACCAAAAUCCGAAUGCGCACCUGGAGGCUGAAGCGCAAGCCGCUAAGCAGAAGGCCGCUGCGCCUUCAGCGCGCCAGGCGGGCGUGCCACCCAACCAACCCCAGAAACCCGAAGAUAAGGAUUCGCCGGAAUACAAGAAGAAAGUCGCCCUGCAAACCCUCCCGAUCCUUGAGACGAAGAACAAUGCCGCCAGCUACGGCAUGUCGGAAUCUCUCUUUACUUCACUAAAGGACAUAUUUGAGUCGCUGGUGGGUAGUCAAUCACGCAUUGGGAUCAUCCGACCGCAGCAGUUUCUGGAUGUGCUUCGCCGCGAGCACGAGAUGUUCCGGACGGCCAUGCACCAGGAUGCGCAUGAGUUCUUAAAUCUGCUAUUAAACGAGGUUGUGUCGAAUGUGGAAGCGGAGGCGACGAAGCAGAGUUUUGCAGAGAAGGCGCUGCCCAGCGCCAGCGCAGAUUCGUUGGGUAUGACAGGAAGCGCUGGUUCAAAAUCACCGAACACGACCAGAUGGGUCCACGAAUUGUUCGAGGGUACUUUGACGUCGGAAACAAAAUGUCUGACAUGUGAGAAGGUUUCUCAGCGAGAUGAGGUCUUUUUGGACCUUUCGGUGGAUCUUGAGCAGCAUUCGUCCGUGACAUCUUGCCUGCGGAAGUUCUCAGCCGAGGAAAUGCUUUGCGAAAGAAACAAAUUCCAUUGCGAUAACUGCGGUGGCCUUCAGGAAGCAGAGAAACGCAUGAAGAUUAAGCGGCUGCCCCGCGUGUUGGCCUUGCACCUGAAGCGUUUCAAAUAUACCGAGGACUUGCAGCGACUGCAAAAGCUUUUCCAUCGAGUUGUCUAUCCCUAUCAUUUACGCCUGUUCAACACGACUGAUGAUGCCGAAGACCCGGAUCGACUUUACGAAUUGUACGCCGUUGUGGUUCAUAUCGGCGGGGGGCCAUAUCACGGUCACUACGUUGCAAUCAUCAAGACAGAAGACCGUGGUUGGUUGUUGUUCGACGAUGAGUUGGUUGAACCCGUGGACAAAAACUACGUGCGCAACUUUUUCGGCGACCGCCCAGGUCUAGCCUGUGCAUAUGUCCUCUUCUACCAAGAGACGACAUUGGAGGCUGUUCUUCGAGAACAGGCCAAGGAGGAUCAGGCAUCCUCUGCAGCAGCAUCUGAGGCAGGUGCACAAGCGAAUGGGUCUCUGACGCAUGUACACAGCGUGCCUGUGGAUGAUUCACAUCGACCGAUCCCGCUUAGCAAGGUAACAACAGCGCCUGGUCAAAUGCCUGUGCAUCUUGAAGUUCCGGAGGCUGAUCCAGUACCUCCGUUACAACCCGUUCAACCACCCGAGAUUCCAGCUCCACCGCCGAUCCCUAAUGAACAACCUCCUUCUCUGAGUCCAAAGAAGAGCGAUGCCCAAAUCCGGAAGGAAAAGGUUCGAGAGGAAAAGGAACAGCGCGCAGCACAAAAGGCAGCAGAGAAAGCGGCCGAGAAAGCAGCCAAAGAUGAACGGGAAAACAGAGAGAAGAUGGAGAGAAUUCAACGCAAGGAACUUGACCAGCAGCGGCAAGCCCAGAUGAAACAGGAGGCGGCGGAUCUCGAAAGGGCUCUCAAAGCGAGCAAAGAAUCGAACAAGGCUGAAGCGGCUGACAUUGGGCCUGAGAAUGGAUCACCUCGGGAUUCUUCCAGGUUUAGCAUCUUCAGACGUAGCAGUCGCAGUUUGAGCAGCAGUCUGAGCAAUCGUCUCAGCAAGGACAAAGAGCCACGUGUGUCGACCUCAACUGCAGAGACUACCCCAGCUCCUGUCCUUGAAGUACCGGCCCAAGAAGAAGAGCGGAUUCGACCACCGGUUCCUGCAAAGAAUACUGCAGAUCUCUCCAGUUCCUACACGUCAACGCAACCAUUUCCACCUACGGUCCCAGAAAAACAUGAUCCUUAUUACAAUCACAGCAAUACCCACCUUCCCCCUCUUUCUACAUCCCCCACAGCCAAGCACAUCAAUCAUAUCAACCACAUCAACAGCCCCAACGGUAAUGGAAAUGGUAAUAGCAAUGGCGGCAGCACCGACAAGACUGGCGUUGGCCACACGCAUCGAUGGAGAUCGUUCAGCUUCAAAAAAUCAGCCGCGUCAUGA